ACUUCCCCUCUCCUUUUUGGCACUGCGCUCACUGUCAUUGGGGGAUUCCUCCGCUGGUGGUGUUUUCACAUCCUUGAUUAUUUUUUCACAUUCAAGCUCAGUGUCCGCAAAGGACACCAGCUUGUCACAAAUGGACCAUACGGGGUCGUCUGUCAUCCAUUUUACGUGAGAGCUGCUCUGCUGUCAAUUGGCCAGCUCAUAUUGCACGGAUCGCUGUCUUCGUUGGUUAGACGCUCAAGGGUUUUAAACAUACCUGCGUUGAAAGCGAUUGCAGUGGUAGUGCUGAUGGGGAGAAUGAUUGUCAUAGCAAGCCUCAUCCUUAGGAUCAGGCACGAAAUGAAAUGGCAAGGUCAAUUUCCAGAGCGGAGUGGGAGAACUGUGCUAAGGUAGUUAAGCCGCGCCGCC